GGCCAAAAAACCCAAAUCCCCUAGAAGAAGUGAAAGAGCGAAAACAAAAACAAAACAAAAAGCAUCUAAUGCUUAGACGGGGCACAUUUGGGCCCUGCCCAAGCCCGGUCCGGCCCGCUUAAAAAUCAACUCAGUACUUGCAACCCUUCUCUUUCUUUUUCUAGGGUUUCCUGUGCACCAUCCAUAGUCUUCUCAUUUGAGCUCCGCGAGAGGAAGAGAGAGCGAGAGAGAGAGGUGGUUCAUCAAUGGCGGCGACCAGAAACCCAGAGCUGGUGAGAGGAAUACGCAAGUAUUCCAGAUCCAAGAUGUACCAUAAGCGCGGCAUCUGGGCCAUCAAGGCCAAACACGGAGGCACCUUCCCUCGCCAUGACCCCAAGCCCCCAGCGCCAGCCCCCGCCGAGAAGCCCCCCAAGUUCUACCCCGCCGAUGAUGUGAAGAAACCUCUCGUCAACAAGCGGAAGCCCAAGCCCACAAAGCUCAGGGAUAGCAUUACUCCAGGGACAGUUCUUAUUCUACUGGCUGGAAGGUUUAAGGGGAAAAGGGUUGUUUUCCUGAAGCAGCUUUCAUCUGGGUUGCUUAUGGUUACUGGACCAUUUAAGAUAAAUGGGGUUCCUCUGAGACGUGUGAGUCAAUCUUAUGUGAUUGCCACUUCCACAAAAGUCGGCAUCUCUGGGGUGAAUGUAGAAAAAUUUAAUGACAAAUACUUCGCAAAACAAGCCGAGAAGAAGAAAAAGAAAGGAGAGAGCGAGUUUUUCGAAGCAGAGAAAGAGGAAAAGAAUGCGCUCCCACAGGAGAAAAAGGAUGAUCAGAAAGCUGUGGAUACACCGUUGAUAAAAUCCAUUGAGGGAGUUCCAGACUUGAAAGCUUAUUUGGGUGCUAGGUUUUCUCUGAAGGCAGGCAUGAAACCUCAUGAGCUUGUCUUCUAGAGAGUAAAAUGUUUAAAAGUAGUCAUUUCUCGCGUUUCUUGUUUUGGUUUGUCGGAGCUUGGUUAUAGUUGUACUCUAUGAUUUUCGUUGGUGAUAGACGUGGAAAUUUUCAUUAUGCUAGACAUUGUACUUGCAACAAUUUUUUUCUUCUAUCCUUAUGGUAUUUUUUUUGGGGCACAAUUCAUUACUAAUUUUAUAAGAUACACAAGAUUUUGCAGUUCA